GCUGCUGGAACGCAGCGGAGCGAGCGAGCAAUGUUUGGUGGGCAUCCAUGAUGGCGGCCAGUGUGCGGCGCUCCGCUCGGUGUUCUGUGUAAGGCAACGGCUCAGCGCGGAGAGGCGGCGACCAAGCAUGAAGGGAACGCGCGGGUCACGGCGCCUCGUCUUGUGUGCAGUGUCUAUAGACAGAUAGUAAGGGAGACCAUGUCCUGGGGCGGCGGCGGAGGGAGGCUGGCGGCGGGAGGGCUCCAUGGGGAUGGCUACAACCAACCCCAUCACCAGCAGCAGCAGGUGGGCGUGGGCGUGGACGUGGGCGUGCAGGAGGUGAUAGCGCGGGCGCUGGAGACGUGUGAGACCCACCACCAGUUCAUCGCCUCGCAGGCAGAGCACCUGGAACGCCUGAGGUCGCAGUGUGCCACCAGCGCCCAGCUCACGCAGCAGGAGAUCCGCACGCUCGAGGGCAAGUUAGUGAAGUUGUUCAGCCUACAACUGGUAACAAAGCGGCACUUACCCUCGGGUGUGCCCUUACCUCGUGAGCUGCAGCUUUACCCCUCCCUCAAGCAAUGGCUGCAAGUGGUUGGACUCUGCAAAGAUUCUGUUAUUGGUAUGUGCCAGAGAGUCUCUACACUAGAAGGAUUACUUGAAAAAAGAGAAAAUGAAUUACGCAACAUCCUCAAUGAUUAUGGAGCCGACAAAAGUGAAGCCCAUAAGCUGGCAAGGGCCAUGCACAAUCUCAAACGAUACACAGAGAUACAAAUGCAAGGUCAGGCUGGAGACCCAAACAACUCAGACCUGCCUCUGUACUGGGACUCAUGGGAGAACUGCCCUCCUUCUCCUCGAGCCUCUACCCGAGCACAGAGAGAAUGUCGCUCGUCUGUGUCCUCGUCUGAUGGAGAUGGCGGGAGUGUCACCAGUGGCAGUACUAGUGGAGGUGCGUGGAGUGGAGAUGGGAGUCGAGCCAGCAACAAAGGGGCACCAGUCAGUCAACGUAGUAGUGAUGACUCUUCCACUCCUUCCUCACCCCCUCCUCCUUUGUCCCUGGUUCCUCCACUAAGUCCUGGUGGUCCACUCCACACUUCCUCCACUCUUAAUCUCCCUGGGAGUAUCACUGUCUUCUCUGAGAAGCGAUAUACUCCUCCCCCAACUCCUAGUAUUAUCCCAAAGGGCAAGAGUUCAGGUGACAAGAAAUUCCCAACAACGCCUCCUCCUGGCAAGAAAUACCAAACUGGCCUCUUGAAUCCCCUGCAGCCAUCAUUAGGUCGUUCCACAUCACACGAGUCACAGCUUGCGCCAAGGGCUGAGGGUCAUGAACAGCAGUCUUCAGCACUUCUCAGAAAACUUAAUCACUUCUGGUUGGGUGGCAGCUUGGAGCAACUUGUGACUCGAAGGACACGCCUUCACUCAGAGUCUGAGGCUUCAGCAGACAACUCUGGCAAGAGGGUGGAUGGGAGCCGGACCAGAACGGAUGUGCGGGACCUAAAGACACCUCAGAACUCUCCAGCACCUUCGACUCUUGCCAGCCCCAUCAAGUCACCUCACUACCCAGAUCCUGCCAAAGAUGACAGUCAUAUAAUGAAAUCUACUCUUUCAGUACCAAAGUCUCCACGCACCCCUACUCUAGCUGGUUCAAUGGGUCACAAUGUGCAGCAUCGCUUCAUAAAGACGAUCAAGUCUGCCACUUGUGGUUACUGUCAUCACAAGUUUGCUAUUUUAGGAGGUCUGAAAUGCAAGGAGUGCAGCUACAAAUGUCAUCGUGAAUGUGAGCCAAAAGUGCCACCUUCCUGUGGAUUGCCACAAGAGUUGCUCAUAUUAUUUGCUGAUACUUGGAAGAAGGUUGGUAUGGAUGGAAGUGGUGGGCUGCACAGAGGAGGCACUCCUGGAGUCUCUCCUUCUCACCAUCAUCCAAAUGAUGUCUUCUCUCCUCUACGGGUCGGCCAGAUGUCCAACUCUCAGCCGUCCAUUAGCAUACCAUCCUUCCAGGACCCCAAUUCCAGUUCGAACACAUCCAGCUGCAACUCCUCAACCCCCUCCAGCCCAGCCCUCAUCAUUUCUGCCUCUCCUGCAAGGCAUGAUGCAUUCCAUUUUCCAACCACUCGAGGAUUCCAUUUCCCAGGCAAAGCAAGGGAGGUGAAUGAGGACUGUGGGGACAUUCCCCUGGAUAUGCGGCUUAUUUCACCCCGACCCCCUACCAAGGCCUCUAUAUCAGCUUCCUCCACCCAAAGUGAUGUGAUAGACUCAAGACAGUCUCAUGAUUCUGACCGCACUGUGUCACAAACCUCAGGGUCUGGCAGUACUGGCACUGAUGAUUCUGAGCGCACAAUAGCAGGUCGUGUAGAUUCGCAAGAUUCCACAGUAUCUGAUGGAGAAAAUGCUGAUCCGCGAUGUACUCGUCAGAACAGUGUCAGUAGUGUGUCCCAGUCUCUCCGAGAAUGGGAUAUUCCCUAUGAUGAUCUUGAUAGAGGAGAAGUCAUUGGACGAGGAAGAUUUGGCAUCGUAUAUUCAGGAAAUUGGCAUGGACAAGUGGCUAUAAAAGAGUUGCGAAUGGACUAUGUCAAUGAUGAGAAAACUCUUGAAGCAUUUAAGGCAGAGGUGAGCACUUUCCGCAAGACCCGGCACGAGAAUUUGGUCCUGUUCAUGGGUGCAUGUAUGAAGCCCCCAAGACUGGCCAUAGUGACAAGCCUAUGCAAGGGCAUGACACUCUACAAACACAUUCAUGUACUGAAAGACAAAUUCAAUAUGUCACGCACCAUCUUGAUUGCUCAGCAAAUUUCACAGGGUAUGGGCUACCUCCAUGCCAGGGGCAUCGUUCACAAGGACCUUAAGACCAAGAAUAUAUUCCUGGAGAGUGGCAAGGUUGUCAUCACAGACUUUGGUCUCUUCAAUGUUACGAGACUCUGUCAUGAUAGCAGGUUUCAAAAAAUAAGAUGGGUAUAUUUUCUUUCCAGUACUGUGUGGUAUGAAUUAUUAUGUGGUGAAUGGCCCCAUAAAGGCCUUCCUCCAGAGGCCAUAAUAUGGCAGGUUGGACGUGGAAUGAAGCCUUCACUGGCACACCUACAGGCUUCACGGGAUGUUAAGGACAUACUCAUGGCCUGCUGGAGUUACCGGCCGGAUGAAAGGCCCGAGUUCUCCACCAUGUUGAACAGCUUGACAAGGCUUCCUAAGAAGCGGCUCCACCGCUCCCCUUCCCAUCCUAUCCACCUCUCACGUUCUGCAGAGAGCGUCUUGUAGACAUCAGAUUUCAAGUCGCGAAGACAUGAUGCAACUGUGGUCGAAUUUGGAGAGUAAGUCACCUUGUGCUGCAAUAUUCAGGCUGUUAUUUUUUAUUGAUGUGUUUCUUAUUUUCCUUGUUAUCUUACUUUGUUCCAAUGAAUUUUAAAGCAGCCAAAAGUGAAAGCAGCAAGUGUGCACAACACUGAUUUGGGAUUGGAUGGUGUUAGGAUAAGCAUUUUUCCAAAUGUGUUUGUCCUUAGAGAACAUGCAGAUAGGAUGUAGAAGCACAAACCUUCUGCAGUUUUUACUACUAGUGGUGGGUGACAAAAGUGUCACUUUUGUUUUCUGUUAGAAAAUUAGAUUUCGUGCUCAAUUUUGCUCUGCAAUUUUGCUGCUUACUACUUUGUUUGUAAAAUCUGUAUAAUGAAUCUUGAAAGUAAGACUAAAAAGGGAAGAAAUGAAAAACUGUAAUAAGUAUGUAAUAUGUAUUUUUUCUCAUACUAAUGGAAAUUCUGUUAAAUUGGGAAGAUAGUAUCAUGUUAUUUAUUCAUAAUGUACUUUAAAAGAACCCUCCCAGUACAAGAAUGCUUGGUAUCAACACAGAGUAAGCAUGUAUUCUUGAUAAUGUAGUCUAUUAUAUGAAUCCUUUCUAUUCAAGCUGUUUAGUCUAAAUUAUAGUGUUGUUUUAAUUUAUUGAUGGAAACUUGAAUAUGAAAUUAAUAUGCAUGCAUUAGAAUGAAACAAAAAUAUUUAUAAGGAAUAUGAAGCAGUCGGGUAGUGACUGAGAUCAGAAAGUUUAAAACUAGGAAGAAGUCUUUGUAAAAUGGUUUCCAGAUUGAAACAACUUUAAACUUACUAGUUAAUAAUACAAGUCCAACAUUUUCUAGUCAGCCAAUGUACACUAGAGAGUUUCCUGCAGUAGAUCAAGCUAUAUUUAUACAUUUUUUGAUAAGCACUCAUGGACCUUGCGCAGGACUUCAGUGAGGUAAUUAUUUGUGUUGUGAAGUAGAAGUAGAACAGAUUCUGAAACACCAAUAGGCAAGUUGUGGUAAAACAGAUAAAGAGAUGAAGAACAUUCACAGGGCAUUGAGCACUUCACCAUUUAAUUGUCCCGAGUGUGUCACUACAGCGUUUCAGAAUUUGGCCAAAUGUACUUUGUCAAGACCUGCAAUAUGUUGAUGAUUGCUUGUCAUAUAAUGUAUGUGAUGAAAGGAGUUGUACUCCAGUUUAAUUUUGAUUGACCUUGAAGAACCAGUGGGUGGAUAGACUUAAUUGGUCUACACAAGAUGGAAAAUCCAUAGGCCAGUCAGCAGUAAUGUUGACAUUAUUUUGAGCAUUUAUCUUGUAUGAAUUGACUAUGAAGUUUGUUUUGCCAUCAGAGAUGCCCCACUUGAGAACUAUUAACUUGUCAAGAAAAUUAUGUCAAUUAUGCAUAUGAUUGGCACUGUCUAUGAAGGAGCAGACGGAGAUACUACCAAGACAGUGGGCAAGGUCACCAAGCCAUGGCCAGUAGAAGUCAUGACAAGAGGCCAAACUUUCUUGUCUGGUAAAACUCAGUUGAUUUGUAGUGUUCCAAAUGCAACAGAGUCCACCAACAUCAGUGGUCUGCAUCCAAAGAUCCAUUAAUAUCUUGAUAAAUAAAGAAAAAUUACAUGUCAA